ACAACAUCCGCCCGUUGUGCCUCAUAGCAGUUGCCUCUUUUAGCAGCUGUGUGCAAAAGGAAGCUUCCCAACCACCGGCCGAGCCUCGUCUAGACCGCCGCAUAGACUUCAUCACUUUCACUUUCACUUUUACACCCCGGUCUACGUGUAUGACAAUGUACGACUUGCAAGCAAAAGUUUGCUGAAGGCACGCUACCUUAUAAAUGUUGGCCUCGCUUUAAAGAAACACCGUCGCAUUUUCCAGCUCAUCGUCCGGUCUACCAGCGAGCGACAUCCCGAUAUGCCUACCUGGCUUGUUCACGGCUUUCGGUGGCCUCGCGCACAGAUCCGCAUUCAUGUCAUCCUCCAAAACCUCGACGAUGCAGCACCCGAAUGGCUCAUGGCUCCUGCCACAACGGCCUGUAUGACGGAAAACUUCAAGAAACAAUGGCCCGAACAAAUGGCUCAGUUGCCUGAUCUGCGCUUCAUUGAGCAAUACGACCCCGACGACCUUACUGCCAAAGACCAACCCUAUGCAUACGUAUGCGACAUCGUGCAGGAGAUUAAGCUUGGAAUAGAAGUAGACGAAGUAAGAGGAGCAGGUCUAGGGGAGGAACAGUGGGCAGCCAUUGCUGAAUUGAGGGACAAAGUGGCACCGGGCGAGAAAUUGGGCUGGUUCGUCGUAGUGAAUGGUGACGUCGAAAGGUGGGCUCCAGCACUCGAGGACGAUGACACAACACCGGAUGCCAGUCAGUUUGGCAAUGCAAGUCAGAGGAGUAGUGUGGGACAGGCUACUUCUGUACAAAUACAGGAACCAGAACGACCGUCUACGAGUAGAAGUUUGAAGAAGUGGUUUGGUGGAUUGAGGAAAUCGAAAAGCGGCAAGGAUUUAAGAGGCGACGCCGCAAUAAACACAGAUCCAGUCCCGCCGCUACCUCCGAUAUCUCCUCGUCAUGGCUUACAGUCUCCGAGCUCUUCAAAUGGGUUCGCCCCGAAUCAGGGCAAGAACGCGUCCUGAAGGCGGGGAUGCUAUAAGCAAACGCACACGACAGCGUAUCGCACAUGUAAGAACAAACAUAAAAAUCAAGUGUUUACAAGCGUGCGUGAUAGAAAGGUUUUGUAAUUCUUAGAUACAUGCAAUAUACCCAUGUCAAGUUACUGCAGCG